CAAAACACACAAGCAACAUGGCCUCUCACUUGGUUGCUGCUUUAUGACCAUUUCGUCUUUGUGUCGUUCGGGCGCCAAAUUAAGCUAUAUUUUAUUUUCAGAUUAGUAGAUUCAACACAAAAAUGUCAGAGAGCGAGGACGAAACACGUCUGCGACUAAAGGCGGCCUUACAUUACACGGUUGGUCAAAUGUGUCACAAAGUGGGUGAGGAGCACCGUCGAGCGUUUAGCCGACAAGUGGUCGCAGCCAUAACCGAGUCUGCCUACAGACAAUGUGAUAUAUUUGCUAAAGACUUGGAAGCGUUUGCAAAACAUGCAAAAAGAUGCACCGUGUCAGCAGAAGAUGUAAAACUUUUGGCCCGUCGCAGUACUGCAUUGUCACUGCACAUACAGAGGAAAAGCGAAGAAGUGGAAAAGGAACAGAAGUCUUUGAAAAAGAAGAGGAAGAACAAAGCAGAGAAUAAGGCACAGGCGCCUCCUUACUCCUCACUCUUGCCACAAAUAUAAAUAAACGUCAAAUAUUCACUUCAGUCAUAUUGAGGUUGUAACGCGGGAUGUGCACUGCAUAGUUCAAGUGAGACAAUUCCAAUGUUUGUUUUCGCUGUCGGGUGGCAGAAUUGGCAGUGUAAAUGGAGGCUUUCCGAAUGAAAUUCCCUAUUUUGAGAUCAUUGUCAUGCCUACAGAAAUACGGAUAACAAAAGCAUACACAAAAUGCGACAUAAGGAGUGUCAAAUUAAACAAGUGGUAUUACAGAGAGCGGCCAGUGUGGAGGGUUACCCAAAUUGAAAGCAAUAGGGAGGGUUGUCACGACUUGAAGAAAUCAGAUUUGGCCUGCAUGUUCAAUCAGUCUAAACAAAGCCAUAUUAUGUGUUACCUGAAAUGCACAACAAACGCAUAUGGGCAUUUAAUUGGAACUGGGCACGUGAACUUGGCAGUGUAAACCCAUUUGCCUUGCAUUGGUACCAGCUCGAGUCAAGUAGCCAUACUCGACUUUGUAAGCUUUCUACAAAAGUGCAGUAACACUGCGACUGUUUCACAGAUGUGACAUCUGACAGGCAGUCAGUCAUUCAAUCACCAAAAGAGUAUGGAAGCAAAGACCAUUUUAUCCAAACACUCACAGCUUUUCAUCAAAAUCUCUAAAAAGUGAGCAAAAAAGACAGGUACUACCCCGUGUCUGAGAAGGCCACACACUCAAAUUGUUGGAACUUCCGUCUUCGUCCUUCAGUCGGGGUUCAAAUGGAGACCUCGACCAGCGGAGCCCAAGGUCCCUAGAUGUGUGAAUUGAAUUAGUUUCUUUCCCCUGCAAGUCACAUCAACUAAAUCUAUUCAGAUGAACUUUAUUAGACAGUUCCCUUCAUUUAAAAUAUUUAUCCAAACACCUGACAAACAUCAAUAGUCUAUAAUAAAAAGGGAGGAUGAGGGGCGACCAAUAGGACACCGCUCCAUCUUCUCACAUCACACGUGUGUCCCUACCAGGGUUUCAUCAGUCCGAGUCAUCCACAUCAACUGCACACGUACAGAUCAGUUCAGGAACAAGGAACAGCACACACACCAUACGGCAUUCAAAUCAGAUUAUAGAAGCAUUACAAAGAGCACAACACUCCACACUACAUUGUCAUGUCGACACAUUAAGAGUAAAUGGAAAAUCUUGCAGAGAUUAAAAAGAAAAAAAAAACAAUCUUUUGACACACUCAUCAUAAAGAUGUCCACGUUCAAGGGGAUGGGAGGCGCUUGUAGCAUCCGCUGCUUCCACUCACACAUUCAUAGAAAAAUCAGUCACAUUUUGGGGGGCUCGUUCACCGCACAAGCAGUCCUCAGUCCGCUCACUCACCAACCGCUCCAUUCUUCGCCACAAGCCAUCCGCACUCAUCAGAUUCCCCCCGCAUCCAAAAA